CGUUGCCACAUCGGGCUGACUCAUCUCUCUGUUGUUCAAGCUGCCCUGAAGCUGAGCAGUCUAGUUGAUGUAUCAAUCCCUUGUGUCUGGUUGUGGCUUUCUAACAGUCCCUGUCUCUGCGUGUUGGAGUCCUGCUCUUUGUCUUGUGAGAAAGCCUCUCCGCGGCAGCAGCAAUCAAGCAAUUUGGGUGCCUGAGGCGUCUGACAACCAGAUCCAGAAUGCUGAAACCAGAAUGGAUCCUCCAGGUCAUCUGAGACGGUGUCAGUGUGUCCUCCCUGCUCUCCCUCCGCAGUGGUCCUCUCGUCCCCGAGCCUCGUCCCACGGGGAACCGUCUGCCUCCUCCUCUCCUGGCAGCAGCCCCCCUGUAACGGCAUAGCGGUGGAAAAGCGACCCUGUAAAUAUGCCUGGAUGGAGGUCUCAGUGCCGGCUCGUCCUGUUGAACUCCCUGACCUGCGGCCUGGAGAUCUGCGUGGCAGCUGGGAUCACAUACGUGCCUCCCCUGCUUCUGGAGGCUGGGGUAGAGGAGCAGUACAUGACCAUGGUGCUAGGUAUUGGCCCAGUGUUAGGUCUCAUCUUCAUCCCUGUGAUUGGCUCAGCCAGUGACCACUGCAACAGCAGCUAUGGCCGUCGUCGCCCCUUCAUCUGGCUGCUGUCCCUGGGUGUCCUCCUAGCCCUCCUCAUCAUCCCCCAUGCCGACCUGCUGGCUGCCUACUUCACCUGGGGCGGACGCACCCUAGAAGUGGCCUUCCUCAUCCUCGGGGUGGGCCUGCUCGACUUCUGUGGCCAGGUGUGCUUCACGCCGCUAGAGGCGCUCCUCUCGGACCUGUACCGCGACGAGGAGGACUGCAACCAGGCCUUCGCCAUGUUCUCCUUUAUGGUCAGCCUCGGAGGCUGCGUGGGCUACCUGCUGCCUGCGCUGGACUGGAGCCGGGGCCUGCUGUCCGUCUACCUGGGUGGCCAGGCAGAGUGCCUCUUCUUCAUGCUCAUCCUCAUCUUUGUGACCAGCGUGCUGAUCACCAUGAAGGUGUCGGAGGAGCCGCCGUGUGCUGGUGUCGCGGCCCUGGAGCCAGCUCCUCUCCUGGAGGCCGGCCGCUGCAGCAUGCCACGCUCCUGCUGCUACCUGCUCAAAUGCAAGCUGCGGCUGCUCAAGUCGGGCCCGCUGCUGUGCCUGCUGAGGACGUUCUGGUCCAUGACGCCAGCCAUCUACCACAGCUACUGCCACGUGCCCUGGGUAAUGAGGCAGCUGUGCGUGGCCCAGCUUUGCAGCUGGAUGGCUGUCAUGUCCUUUAUGCUCUUCUACACAGACUUUGUGGGGGAGGGGCUGUACGAGGGCGUGCCCAGUGCCGCUCCCGGGACCGCCUCCAGGCAGCGCUACGACGACGGCAUCCGAAUGGGCAGCCUGGGCCUGUUCCUGCAGUGUGCUACCUCUACUGUCUUCUCCCUGCUCAUGAGCCGACUGGUCCGCCAUUUUGGCUCGCGCCGGGUCUACCUGAGCAGCAUGGUGAGCUUCACCAUCUCUGCCCUGGUCAUCUGUAUGUCCAAGAGUGUGGUCCUGGUCACUGUGAUGUCGGCUCUGACCGGCUUUGCCUAUGCCACGCUGCAGACGCUGCCGUACACCCUCACCUGCCACUACCACAAGGAAAUGGAGGUUUACAUGCCAAAAAAGAAAACAAAAAACUUGCUUAAGUACGGGAUUGUGAUCAAGCAGGACUCGAUCACCCAUUUGACAGCUGUGGCCGAGGAGGGGGGGCUGGCCCACAAACUGGGGGGCACCAACGGGCAUGCCUUCUUCAGCCAAGACGGCUCAGACUACUACCCCCCUCCCCACGACCAGGAUGGGUCGUCCCAUAAAGCCACGGGCCCCGAGCAGGAUGAGCCAGAGGGCUACGAGAAGCGUGGCGUAGGGUUGGACUUUGCCAUCCUGGAUAGCACCUUCCUCCUCUCUCAGGUCUUUCCCACUCUCUUCAUGGGCAUGAUCGUUCAGUUCACAAAAUCCGUCACUGCCUAUAUGGCCUCCUCCGCCAUCUUCGGCAUCAUCGCCAUCUAUCUGGCCAACAACAUCAUCUUUGACCAAAAGGACCUCAAGAGCUGAAAGAAUCAGGAACCAAGGGUGAAGGAAUGCACCCCUGGCUGCACUACCACUCCCUGCGCUUGCAACGCUCCAGUGUCUUCGCUGACCGUUGCCAUGGCAUUACCAAUGGAUUGCAAUGAGGCAGCCCGUUUAUACGUUUGUGUGUAUGUGUGCGGCAGGAAUGAAAGAAAAAUGUAUACCCAUGACAAUUGUUCCCUCCAGAAUUUACUGCAGCUAGUUACUGUGUCUACGAGAGAGACUGUGUCUGUGUAUUUAGAGUGUCUCUCACCUUGUUCCUAUCAGACACGUAGAUGGCCUCUCAGAAGGGUCAUUUCUCCUUCUCCUCAGGUACAGCUAGCUUCACAGCAUGAUCGGACUCCAUCAGCCCUUAGACAACUGGAAUACAGAUUUAUUACCAUUUCACUCUCAUCUAUGUGAGGAGUGUGUCAAUGCUAUAUCUUUAAAACAGUCUGCUGUUAGGGCUGGAUUCAAUCCGUACUACGGAAGAUCUGUGUUAAAAUGUAAAGGUAAUUUCCGAUUAAGCCAACAGCGUUUACCGUGAAUGCGGAAUGCGGGAACAUUGCCUAUAAUGUGGAUCUUCCGCGAUACUUCUGCAAUAUGGAUCGAAUCCAGCCCUUAGUCAAAGUCAACAGGAGAUUAUUGCCCACUUCUCAUGCAGACUGGCCAAGAGAGAAAAAUACCCAAUCUGGAGAGCCCAUCACCUGCUUGGGAAAGGUUCUGGGCUCACAUAGCUCCAUGCUGCUAAUGUAUGGGCAUUUCUGUCUGUUUGUUAUUCUCAGCCAGGUUGUGCUUGCAGUCACAAUGGGUGGAUUAUGCAUUGCUUACCGAAACAUACAUGUUAUCACACACGUGAUAAGUCAAAUGAGACCAUUGGACUUGUUCGUCAAGAAACUGCGAAUAGAAAAAUUGGGAAUGUUAAGGGUAACUGGCCCCUAGAUUUGGAUGGUUUUUGGUAAUAAACAGGUUUACUGUAUAUAUUUUGUAUACAAAUUCAUAUAUUUAUAUUCCUAUGGGAAUUUCUUAUGCAACCUGUUUGGGUGAGGUCAUCUGUGUAACUGUGGUGUUGUUAGAAUGAAGUGGCUCAAUGGCAUCAUUGCAUUUUUGUUUGAAGUCUGUCAUCUCAGGAUAGUCACCUCUUUUCUAGAAAUUUCAGACAGUGCCAUAUUGUGCUAUUUAUUACAUCAUUUCUACUGCCAUUAUCACGUUCAAUCUGAAAUGACACUAGGAAAGUAAAUGAGGUGAAUUAACCAAUGCUGUAAAAAAUUCAGGUACACUUCUUUUUGGAAACUCCAUUAAUAUUCCCAUGAGCAAAAUACCAAAAAGUCAUACUAGCAACACUGCAGCAUUACAGUGAACUGGGUUACUGAAAAUAGUUUUGGUAUGCAAGAUGACAGUUUUUUGUGUUCUGUCAUAUUUGUUAUGCUUUUCACUGUGUAUCGUACAUCUCUUUUGAAGGUCAACAUGGCUCUGUGAAAAGGUGUGUGUGUGUUUUUUGUUGUUGUUUGUUUUACUAUCCUUGUGGGGACCAGAAGUCCUCACAAGGAUAGUAAAACAAGGAAAAUUCGGACAAGUGGCGACAUUUCACCGGUCCCCACAAGGGAAAAGGCUGAUUUAGAGGUUAGGGUUAGAAUUAGGGUUAGGAGUAAGGGUUAGGUUUAGAGUUAAUGUUAAGGUUUAGGGAAUCAAUUGUUUGGUCCCCACAAGGAUAGUAAAACAAACUUGUGUGUGUGAAUUUCAUAGUGCAGUGGAGAGAGCAGGGCAACAUGACAUGACUCCUGGGGUUCCAGUCACCUAACAGAAUACUGCACACAAAUAAUAGCUAUAAUCUACAGACUUUCUGUAUCUCAUCUGCUGCUGUACACUGUGGCCAGUUUAUUAGGUACAACCAUUUAGUACUGGGUCAGACACCCCUUUGCCUCUAGAACAGCCUGAAUUCUUCGGGGCAUGGAAACUUUGCUCAACUGUUACCGUUGACACCAAGCAGGAUUGGGCCAUGGACUCAUGCUGUUUACGCCAAAUCCUGACACAACAGGAACUGUGAUUCGUCAGACCAGGCUAUGUUUCUCCGCUCCUCAAUUGUCCAGUGUUGGUGAUCGCGUGCCCACUGGAGACGCUUCUUCAUGUUUUUAGCUGAUAGGAGUGGAAUCCAGUGUGGUGGUCUGCUGCAAUAGCCCAUCCGUGACAAGGACUGACAAGUUGUACUGCGCCGUUAUUUGCCUGUUUGUGACCCGCAUGUUAAUUUGCAUGAUUCUUGUCAUUCUCCUUCGACCUUUCAUCAACGAGCUGUAUUCACCCAUAUGACUGCUGCUAACUGGAGGUUUUUUGUUUGUCGCAACAUUCUCGGUAAACCCUAGACACUGGCCGGCCGUUUCUGAGAUACUGGAACCGGUGCACCUGGCACCAACGAUCAUACCACGCUCAAAGUCGCUUAGGUCACUCGUUUUGCCAAUUCGAACGUUCAAUCGAACAGUAACUGAAUGCCUGGAUGCCUGUCUCCCUGCUUUAUAUAGCAAGCCACGGCCACAUGACUCACUGUCUGUAGGAGCGAACCAUUUUCAUGAACGGGGUGGUGUACCUAAUACACUGGCCACUGAGUGUAUAUUUAAAUAGUAAUCAAAAUAUAUUGUGGCCUUAAGUUAUUCUUCAAAAUUGGGGUUUUGUUAGUAAAACGCUUGUGUUACAAUCAAUAUGUUAUGUUAUAUGCAUUCUGUGUAUGAUUUGCCUACUCUUUCUGACUUUCAAUCAGAAAUAUGGCUGUAUAAUAACCAAACAUAAUGUAAUAGCUCAUUUAUGCAAUGAUGAGAUUGGCUAAAUACAGUUGGCCCUAUUGGAUAUAUACUCUCAUUUUGAGAAUUGGGUCAAAAUCAACUUGUUUUUUGUAAUAUUUCAUUGGCAGUUAAUGAAAGAUAAUACCACGUCACUCAUCGUUGACAACCAAUUACUAAACAGACAUGGUAACUUUUUGGGGGAAAAAACAGAUGACUUUGAGAAAAUUCCCCCUGCACACAGACAAAUAAAUACUUAUCUGACGUACUGUAGAGCAUAUGGACAUACUGCCAAGCCCCUUGGGAAAAUAGCAACAUUUUGCAAGUGCCUCUAGAAAUGUUUUUAUUUUUUGGACAUAACUAUUUAUUUAUUGUUCUUUUAAAAAUCAUAAGCACAUAUUAAAGUAUUUAGCAUUAUUUUUGUUGCAUCUGUCAAAAGUGUAAAGGGCAAAAGCUAUUUCUUUGAAAAAAUAAUAAAUUAUUAUUUUGUAUA